CCCUAGGUAGGGACCUUUCACCAGCACGAUGCCGCGGGCACAGGGCGGUGAUCUAGUGACGCACCUGCCCUUGGCGAGCUAGGCUGCGGGCUUUAGUUUUUCCCUGCCCUUGUACCCUUGCACCCUUGCACCCUUGCACCCUUGCACCCUUGCUUUACUGAACUCGACUAUGUACACCUUCGCCCGCCGCAGCGCAUAGCAACACACCCCGCGCGUUCGCCCACCAUGUCUGACCGCGAAUUUGGAGGCAACGACGACCUGUCGCUGCCAAAGGCAACCGUCCAGAAGAUCGUCUCUGAGAUCCUGCACUCCGAGCCAGGAAUGACCUUUGCGAAAGACUCGCGCGACCUCUUGAUCGAAUGCUGCGUGGAGUUUAUAACCCUGAUAUCGUCGGAAGCCAACGAGAUCGCCGAGAAGGACGCGAAGAAGACAAUAGCGUGUGAACACGUCAAGCAAGCGCUGGAAGAGCUGGACUUUGGCGACUAUGUCCCAGCUAUACUCGAGGUUGCGGCGGAUUAUAAGAAGCAACAGCAGAAUCGAGAAAAGAAGCAGACCAAGAUCGAGCAGAGCGGUAUGACAGAGGAAGAACUCAUCCGAGCGCAGGAGGAACUCUUCCGCUCUGCGACCAACAAAUUCAACGCCGAGCCGCAGUCUUGAGGGGGGCCUUGGGUUUACGACUAUGGGACGGAGGCUUCACGGCGUUAAGGCGUCGGCCCAUUUUUUUAUGGUCAAUAUGGCGUUGGUACACAUGGGGCCGGAUACUCGCGACGGCAUUUGUGUUCUGGUGCACAGUCUUUGGGCUUUCACUUGGCUUUAGCAUAGGUUUACGUUGGUCGCACGUCUAGAUAUGGUCUGCGUAGAAGCAUGGUGUUUCAUGCAGCAUGGCCAGAGGCAGGUCAGCACGGUAUCAAGGGCGCAUAGGAGUCUACGACACCGACGAACGUAGCGAAUACAAUCCAAAUACUGCUUAACCA